ACCAUCCUUGGGGAGACACAGGAAGAGGAGGAUGAGAUCCUUCCAAGGAAAGACUAUGAGAGUCUGGACUAUGACCGAUGCAUCAAUGACCCUUACCUGGAGGUAUUGGAGACCAUGGAUAAUAAGAAAGGGCGAAGAUACGAGGUGGUGAAAUGGAUGGUGGUGUUUGCCAUUGGCGUCUGCACUGGGCUGGUGGGUCUCUUUGUGGACUUCUCAGUGCGGCUGUUCACCCAACUCAAGUUCGGAGUUGUUCAAACCUCCGUGGAGGAGUGCAGUCAGAGAGGCUGCCUUGCCCUGUCCCUCCUUGAACUCCUGGGUUUUAACUUGACCUUUGUCUUCCUGGCGAGUCUUCUUGUCUUGAUAGAGCCAGUGGCAGCAGGUUCUGGAAUCCCUGAGAUCAAGUGCUAUCUGAAUGGUGUGAAGGUGCCAGGAAUUGUCCGGCUCCGGACCCUGCUCUGCAAAGUCUUUGGGGUGCUGUUCAGUGUGGCUGGAGGGCUCUUUGUGGGGAAAGAAGGCCCCAUGAUCCACAGUGGUGCCGUGGUAGGAGCUGGCCUCCCUCAGUUUCAGAGCAUCUCCUUGCGAAAGAUCCAGUUCAACUUUCCCUACUUCCGCAGUGACAGAGACAAGCGGGACUUUGUAUCAGCGGGGGCAGCUGCUGGAGUUGCUGCAGCUUUCGGGGCCCCUAUAGGGGGUACCUUGUUCAGCCUGGAGGAGGGUUCGUCCUUCUGGAACCAGGGGCUCACAUGGAAAGUGCUCUUCUGCUCCAUGUCUGCUGCCUUCACCCUCAACUUCUUCCGUUCUGGGGUUCAAUUUGGGAGUUGGGGCUCCUUCCAGCUGCCAGGACUACUGAGCUUCGGUGAAUUUAAGUGCUCUGACUCUGAUAAAAAAUGUCACCUCUGGACAGCUAUGGAUUUGGGUUUCUUCGUCGUGAUGGGGGUCAUUGGGGGCCUCCUGGGAGCCACAUUCAACUGUCUGAACAAGAGGCUUGCAAAGUACCGUAUGCGCAACGUGCACCCGAAACCUAAGCUCGUCAGAGUCUUAGAGAGCCUCUUGGUGUCCCUGGUGACCACUGUGGUGGUGUUUGUGGCCUCCAUGGUAUUGGGAGAAUGUCGACAGAUGUCCUCUGCGAGUCAAACUGGUAAUGGCUCCUUCCAGCUCCAGGCCACAUCGGAAGAUGUAAAUUCAACUAUCAAGACAUUUUUCUGUCCCAACGAUACCUACAAUGACAUGGCCACACUCUUCUUCAACUCCCAGGAGUCUGCCAUUCUGCAGCUCUUCCAUCAGGAUGGGACUUUCAGCCCCAUCACCUUGGCCUUAUUCUUCAUCCUCUAUUUCCUGCUGGCAUGCUGGACUUUUGGCACUUCCGUCCCCAGUGGCCUCUUUGUGCCUUCCCUGCUGUGUGGGGCAGCUUUUGGACGUUUGGUUGCCAACAUCCUGAAAAGCUACAUUGGACUGGGCCACAUCUACUCUGGGACCUUUGCCCUGAUUGGUGCCGCAGCUUUCUUGGGUGGGGUUGUGAGAAUGACCAUCAGUCUCACAGUCAUCCUGAUGGAGUCUACCAAUGAGAUCACGUACGGGCUUCCCAUUAUGAUCACCCUGAUGGUGGCCAAGUGGACAGGAGACUUUUUCAAUAAGGGCAUCUAUGAUAUCCACGUGUGCCUGCGGGGCGUACCUCUUCUGGAGUGGGAGACAGAGGUGGAAAUGGACAAGCUGAGAGCCAGUGACAUCAUGGAGCCCAACCUGACAUACGUCUACCCACACACUCGCAUCCAGUCUCUGGUGAGCAUCCUGCGCACCACCGUUCACCACGCCUUCCCAGUGGUCACCGAGAACCGGGGCAACGAGAAGGACUUCAUGAAGGGCAACCAGCUCAUCAGCAACAACAUCAAGUUCAAGAAAUCCAGUAUCCUCACCCGUGCCGGUGAACAGCGCAAGCGGGGCCAGUCCAUGAAGUCUUACCCUUCCAGUGAGCUUCGAAAUGUGUGCGAUGAGCACGUGGCCUCAGAGGAGCCAGCAGAGAAGGAGGACCUGCUGCAGCAGAUGCUGGAGAGGAGAUACACUCCCUACCCCAACCUAUACCCUGACCAGUCCCCGAGUGAAGACUGGACCAUGGAGGAGCGCUUCCGCCCGCUGACCUUCCACGGCCUCGUCCUGCGCUCGCAGCUUGUCACCCUGCUUGUCCGAGGAGUGUGUUAUUCUGAAAGUCAGUCUAGUGCCAGCCAACCACGCCUUUCUUAUGCUGAGAUGGCUGAGGACUACCCACGAUACCCAGACAUACACGACCUGGACCUCACACUGCUGAAUCCCCGGAUGAUAGUGGAUGUCACCCCAUAUAUGAACCCUUCACCAUUCACUGUCUCCCCGAACACCCAUGUUUCCCAAGUCUUCAACCUGUUCAGAACCAUGGGCCUGCGCCACUUGCCUGUGGUGAAUGCGGUGGGAGAGAUCGUGGGGAUCAUCACACGACACAACCUGACGUCUGAGUUCCUGCAGGCCCGGCUUCGGCAGCAUUACCAGACCCUCUGACAAUUGAGCCCGGCUGCCGCCAGCCCACUCUCCCAGAGAUGCCUCUCCAAGUGGCUUGUUCACACACUGGCCCCCACAGCUGGCAUGAAGGCUCCCAGUCACCCACUUGCCUGGAGUCCUGGAAGCCUGGGGUCAGAGGUUUUGGGGAUGUGUUGAGCAGAAAGUUGGAGUUUUACUAGCUUCCUCAGCAAGAAUUUUCCGUUUCUCGUUCCCCAGGCUACCCUGGAGAGAUGUCAGGGUGAGGUCAGGCUGGGUCCUGGGUAGGCAUUUGGUGCUUCUCUGUUGUCGUUUCUCAGAGAACCCAGCUGUUACCCGGACCCUUCUGGGAAGGGUGUGGACAGAGGCAAGCAUUGGGGAUGUUAUUUGCAUAUCAUGUUCAUUACUGAGUUCAGGAAUUGGGCCCUAAGAACUGUUUCCCUAGGAUCAAACCCAGGACCUCAGAUAGGCAGAGAGCACUCUCUGCCCCUUCAUUGGCCUGUCUGUCUUCCCUCAGAUAGGCCAGCACACUGUCUGCCCCUUCAUUGGCCCAUCCUCCCAUUCUGUUUCCUAGGAGCCAGCACAUGCUGUGGCUUGAGUCUCCUUAGAAUCAUUCCUGAUCAGACACAUGAAGCACUAAAGCCCCAUCGAAUCCCAUGGGGGGCGGGGCGGGGGCAGCACCUCUCCCCUCACUGUAAGCAUUCAGUCGUCCCUGUCCGCACUUACAGCUGUUCUCCCAGCUACACACGCUCUCCACCCAUUCUCAGUUCAUCCCUCCCCACAACUCCCGGGCCUUCUCAGCCUUCAUCUCUGCCUUCCUGGUGGGGCAGCCACAGCUAUGUCUUGGACUCAUUCCCAAAGUUAACCAAAAUUGAAGAACCCCUAGACAGAACCACUACCCCAAGCCCUAGAAAAUUUGGAAUCGCUGCACAGGUUAGCAAACAGGCUGUCCUGAGCCAGGGCUAAUGAAAGGUAGGCCUCCAGGAGGAAGCUAGUGGCUCCUCUCAUGGUCACUGCUCAUACCUGCUUCCAGAGCCACUCCCAACUCAGCCACCUCACUGAGGAUUUAGAGAGGAACCUCUGCAGCUGCUUCUGCUCUUCUCGGGGCUGGGGAGGGAGUGCAAUGUGCUCUCCCCUUUGUGCCUCACUGGUUUUCAUGGCUCCACUCUCCUGACCGCUGGUUCUCUUUGAGUUAGUACCUCAGUGAGCAUCUGCGUGGGGAUACAUCAGCACUCACUUUCCUGGGGCCUAUAGUAGCCAUUCCUUGGAUAUUAGGUGACAUUCAUUUGCAUUAGAUACUGUUUUGUUUUUUCUUUUUCUUUUCUUUUUUUUCUUUUCUUUUCUUUUUUUUUUAAGACAGGAUUUCUCUGUGUAGCCCUGGCUGUCCGGUCACUCAUUCUGUAGACCAGGCUGGCCUGGAACUCAGAGACUUUUUAAAUCAUGGAAAUUGCUGGAGGGCUUCUUGGCCCCUGGCCUGGCAGGAUCUUCUGAUCAGCAUGUGGGAAAUUAUACCGCUGCCUCAGUCAGGGGUUACCUUGGGUCUUUGUAGUUGACUGUGGGGGAGCCCCAGCACACCCCCACACCCCCACCCUCCGUUUUCCCCAUUUGCCUAUUUUUUUUUACCAGAACAACCUGUUUUUUCACAUCCUGAUUUGUAAGGCAGGGUAGGGAUUGAAACUCCCAACAGUAGUCGGGAGAACAGUCCUGCUAAUCAGGGCUGCAUUUGGCCAGCUGCCAGCUGCCAGCUUCAUUUUACAGCUGACUUGAGGGACUGCCCUGCUGUAUCCUCCAUCAAGAAGAAAACCAGUUGCCCGCACCAAAAGAAAAGUGUGACACACCACAGAAUCAUCUUCCCAGCCUGGUGGUUUGCAGAAUAGCAACCUACAGAGGACCAGAAUCCACAGCUUCCUGCCUCCAAGCCAGCCCUGGUGACCGGUUACAGUUUGGCCACCCUGUGUGUGUGUGUUGAGUCACCAUCAGUUUAGCCCAGAAUAGACAGGGUGCAGAUACUUCUACCCUGGAGCUUGAGCCCAUGCCCCUCAUGCCCAUCUAGGAUGCUCAGUCCCUUUGCCCACUCCCCCACCUGCCUAUCCAGAAAAGCCCAAAGACUUCAGCUUUUCCACUUGUGAACUAUAAGCCUUGCCCCCCUCUCCCUAUGGCUGUCCCUUGGAACCAGUGGCUCAGUAUCUCACCUGUGACUUUACAGUGCUCCCCAACCCCCAGUGCCACCACACCUUGUCAAACACCUCCAUGGAGAGACACCUGAGGUUGGCUCGAGGCAGUUUUCCUGGCUUCUGCACCUGGCCAUUCGUGUGGCUCCCUGGUCCUGCUGUGGGAGUUUGGUGUUUUGUGAGCUGCCUGCAUGUGACCUUGUUAAGCAGUUCCAGCUGGAACGGACAUUAGCUUGACUCAGCCAGCCGUGUGACAGUUUGAUGCAGACCUUGGUAACAAGAAAGCUUCCGGAAAAGCCAGCACAGCCCUCCUGGCCCGGCUGUGAUGACAUGCAGUGUUGCCCUCUGCUCCUGUGGAACCCGGUUGCAGCUUCCGCCUUUCUGUUUGCACUGUGUGUUUAUAUGGUAACAUUAGCUGAUUCCACUGUGUAGAUAAAUUGUAUCUUUUUUAAUUUGUAAAAGUCUAUUUUUAUUUGACCCUCUGGAAGGUGAAAGUUCUGUGAUAACUUUAAGAAGUCAGAAUAAAACAUCUGCACCUUCUCUAAA